AUGGAAUUGAAGAAGUCAAUCUUUAUUGGAGUAUGUGCUCUUGGUGUGAUUGGAGUUAGUUAUGCCGUGUAUUGGGAUUAUAUGCGACGAAACGACCCCGAAUUUAGAAAGAAUUUGACAAAGCGCAAGAAGGCUGCAGUAGAAGAUGCUAAAGUGAAAGCGGCCGAUUUUUUGAGAAAAGCAGUCGAAGAAGUCGCAAAGGAGACUUUUCCUGCUGACGUUACUACCAGAGAAAAAUACUUUAUGGAACAAGUAGCUAAGGGCGAAAGUUUGUUUGGCAACGGUGAAGACGGUUACCUUGAUGCUGCCCUUUGUUUUUACAAAGCGUUGAAGGUAUAUCCAAAUCCCGUUGAAUUAAUUAUGAUAUACCAAAAGACGGUCCCCGAGACAGUAUUUAAUUUUGUUUAUGAAAUGAUGAGUCUUGAGGUGAAGAAAAAACAAGCAGAAUACUUUGAAAAUUUUCCACCGAGAGAAAUGAAUGUUAGGAUAAAAGAGGCGAGUCAAGGUUCUUCUGAUGAACAUGCUCGUCGUGGGCUCUUUGUUACAAAGGAUUUCUUUCCUGGUGAUGUUAUCUUUAAAGAACAACCAAUUGCAUCAGCUCUUGAUCCAAGUCUUGAGGUGGGAUUUCAGAGUAACACUGGUGAUUAUUGCAGUUACUGUCUUAAGGAACUCACUAAGGAGUCAUUCCGUGAAGAGACCGAUCUUUUUGAAGCCGUUUAUUGUUCCAAGAAUUGUCGAGAAAAGGCGACGAAUGAGUAUGCUGCACUUCUUUUUACCAGUAGUGAUUCACCCGAUCCCGAGAGUAAAGAAGCUCGGCUAGUCGAGUUGGUUAAAUCAGGAAAUGUCAAAUUCCCUUUGAUGAUCGCAAGAUUUUUAGCAAAGAUGGUUCAUGAGGAAACACAAAAGGUUGCCACAGGAGUUGAAGAAGAAUAUACUACUUGGGAUCAUGUUGAACGGUUACGUUUCUUGACCGUGCCAUCUACAGAUAAAGAGGCCAGAGAGAUUAAACUCUUGAGGGAUUUGUUUGCAGCGAAGGUUCCUGGUAUGGAAGAAUUUAUUUCUGAAGAAAGGUAUUUAAUGCUGAAAGGAAAACUUAUGUAUAAUGCAUAUGGCAUAAGUACAUCUCGCGAUAAUGAAAAGAAUAUAAGAGAGAAUACCGAAGAAACCAUUCGUUCCAGUAAACCACCAGUGAUUGGAGCAGGUUUCUACCGUAUCGCUUCAUAUAUAAAUAACUCUUGCGACCCUAAUACUGAAACAAAAUUUCUAAACAAAAAUUCCGAGUUAUCUAUUGUGGCCACAAAACACAUCAAAGCAGGAGAUGAAUUAACAAUUAGUUAUAUCAGGACCGAGAAUAAGGAUGUUAAGAGUAGGAGAGAUGAAUUGGAAGCAAAAUGGAGACUUAGAUGUGAAUGUACGAAAUGUCAGUCAGAAUCUGAAGAGUCUACUGUAUAA